ACGUUUGAUAGAAUGGACAUAGGCUUUGAUUCAUUCAGCCAGCAAUAAACAAUUUAGUACGAUUCGUGUCGCGUGGUCGAGCGAACGCAAGUACUGCGCGUUCCCAGAUACAUAAACACGUCGUGUCCUUUUAAAUUGAAUUGACCUCUCUUCGAAUUUGUGGAUUUAAUUUGGGUUUAUGAAUGCUGUUCGAUCAGAGUCCAAAGUGAAAUAUUUGGCGGCAAAAUGUGACAGUGUUGUUUACACAUCAGUGGAAUUUAUAAUAUAAAUUUUCUCUUUUUAUUCAAAACAUAAAAUAUAAGAUGUGGUUCGCGUUGCUGCUGCUGACGUGCGCGGCCGGAGCGAGCGCGCUGCGCGUCGGAGUUGGCAUUGCGGACGUCACUGGACCUCCUGCGGAGAUCGCUUUUAUGGGUUAUGCGCAGCUGGAGCAAGUGGGCCAUGGGAUCCACCUUCGUCAGUUCUCCAGGGCGUUCGUGCUGGAAGAUGACGGCGGUAACAGCACACAGAGGCUCGUGUUCGUCUCCGUCGACGCUGCUAUGAUGGGACACGGGAUUAAAAAGGAGGUGGUAAAAAGGCUGCAGAAGCGCUACGGCGACAUCUAUGAGGACAACAACGUCAUCAUCAGCGGCACCCACACCCACUCGACUCCGGGAGGGUUCCUCAUGGACUUCCUCUUCGACCUCCCUAUCCUGGGGUUCGUUAGGGAAACGUAUAGCGCUUACAUUUUUGGAAUAUAUAAGAGUAUAGUGAUAGCGCACAGCAGGCUCGCUCCGGCGCGGAUGCUGUACGGGGAAACGGAGAUCCUCGACGCCAACAUAAACAGAUCACCCACCUCGUAUCUACGGAAUCCCCCCGAGGAAAGGGCUAAAUACAAAUACGACGUAGACAAAACUCUCUCCCAGAUUCGUUUCGUUACACCAUCAGACAAGGUGAUCGGCGUGGUGAACUGGUUCGCGGUACAUCCCACCAGCAUGAACAACACCAACCGGCUCGUCUCUUCGGACAACGUGGGGUAUGCGUCUCUGCUCAUGGAGAAGGCUCUGAAUGGAGCGAGCACGCUGCCGGGGAAGGGGACAAUAGUCUGCGCCUUCGCGUCCACCAACUUGGGCGACGUGUCCCCCAACACUCGCGGGCCUCGCUGCGAGUUCUCCGGCAAGCGCUGCGACCAGGAGAGGUUGCUGUGCAAGUUGCCCAAGGAGCGCUGCUUCGCGUCCGGACCAGGCCGAGACAUGUUCGAGAGCACCAAGAUUAUUGCCAACAAACUGUUUGAGGCUGGCAUGCAAGUGCUGAAUCAGCCGGGCGAAGACCUAACAGGACCUCUAAGUAUAGUCCAACAGUACGUGAAAAUGCCUGAACAAGAAGUAUAUCCGUUCGAUCCAGUCACAGAAGCGUUUAAUACUAGUGUAAAAGUCUCCGGGUGUCUCCCAGCCAUGGGAUACAGCUUCGCAGCGGGGACAACUGAUGGUCCAGGGGCUUUCGACUUCAAGCAAGGCACCAAGACCUCCAACCCGCUGUGGAACGCCGUCAGGGACUUUAUAGCUGAGCCCACUGAUGAAGACAUUAAGUGUCAGGCGCCUAAGCCUAUACUACUAGCUACGGGCAGGGCGAAGUUCCCUUACGAAUGGCAGCCGAAGGUGGUAUCAUGCUCAGUGGCACGCAUAGGAGGGUUGUUCAUAGCCGCCGUCCCAGGGGAGUUCACCACCAUGUCGGGCAGGAGACUGAGGAAUAUCAUCAGGAAGACUGCUCCAGAAGCCAGGAAGGUGGUACUGGCUGGACUCUCCAACAUCUACUCGGAUUAUAUAGCUUCACCUGAAGAGUAUCAGGCUCAGCGGUAUGAAGCUGCGUCUACAAUAUACGGACCUCACACCCUUGAUAUCUAUCUCAACAAAUAUGUGGAACUGACUGAGGCUUUGGUUUCGGGCACGUCACUGGACCCUGGGCCAUCGCCACCAGACCUGAGCACGCAGCUCAUCACCCUGGUGCCGCCUGUUCUGUGGGACUCAGCACCCUGGGGGAAGGAGUUUGGGGACUGCCUCCUCCAGCCGCAGAGGCAGUAUAGCUACGGGGACGUCGUUACUGCCAGCUUUGUGUCCGGUCACCCUCGCAACAGCAUCAGGCACGGCCGCUGGUACGCGACAGUGGAGAGGCUCGAGUCUGAAGAGGAUGAUGCGUGGACCGUCAUCGCCACGGACGCUGACUGGGAGACCAAGUACAUUUGGCAUCGGGACUCCAAGUUCCUCGGCACGAGUCACGCUGAGAUCGAGUGGGAGAUCCCUGUAGGCACUCCCGCGGGAACCUACAGGAUCCACCACUACGGGAACUACAAGUACGUCCUCGGUGGAAUAUAUCCUUACCAUGGAUUCACUGAUUCCUUUGAAGUUACGUAGGAUGGUGGACUGUUCAAGGCUAUUGAUGGAGGACUUGUUUAGGGUUGAAACACCCCUCUUUUUUGCGGGUAAGACCGGUUGGGGGUAAGACCGGAUCAUGGGGUAAUCCGGUCUUAUCCCAACUCACUAAUAUAUCAUUGUUUUAAUAUUACUGUUGACCUGUAAUACAAAUGUAUGUUAUAAUUCGUACACUCCACAAAAAUAGCUGAACAAAUUCAAUGAAUCAAAAUGUUUAAACUUUAUUGUUAAUUAACUUGACAGGGUUAACUUUAUUUUAAAGGACAAAUAAUACUUAGUUCGUUUAUUCCGGAAAACUCCUAUACGCAACAAAGCCGCCAGCAAAAGCUAGUAUAUGUAUAAAAAUAAUAUCGUUUAAAACGAUUUUCGGUAUAGCGUCCAGACUAGGUGGUCGCGUUAUAACCGGUUUUCAUUAUAAGGAACAUACGGUAAGGUGAAGCGAUCACGAAACUAACAUAUGUAUGCGAUAUGUUGGUUUAUACGUAUGCCGAUAUUAUACACUAUGAUAUGUCAUGAGGACAGUGGGGGAAAAUGGUCAUCCAUAUAAAAUCAUUGGUAAUUCUGUGUUUUGAGGACAGUGGGGGAAAAUGGUCACUACAUUUUUUUUCUACAUCUGUAUUUCUUAAAAUGUGAUUUAGAAUAGAAACUGUAGAUAAUUACUCUUUAGUAACAUAUUUAUAUCUAUAGAAUGAUUUUUCAUUCAGUAAAAAUUAAACAUGAAAUAUUUUAACUAUAUGUAAAAUUGUUAGAGGUGUUAUUUGAUUUGUUCAUGAUGUAUUUUAUUAACUGCCUCGGUCGCGUAGUUAUACUACAUUCGCGGUACGACAGUGCUUCGAGGUUCUGGGUUCGAAACCCGGGCCGGGCAAAGUUAUAUUGUUUUUUUCUUAGUAUCAGCCCGGAGUUUGGAUUUUGUGCCCGAUAUGGCGAUAGGCUCGCCCCCUAUCACAUCAUGGGACGGAACACACUUGGCGAAAAGUGGGUUGGUUGCGUCUCUGUAUACCCCUCGGAGAUAAAUGCGUGAUAUGUGUGUGUUUUAUUAAGCAUCGAUCGAUAUCUAUUUGACGAUCGAUAACAGCCCCAGAUCUUGUGAUGACAAUGUUAAACAUUUCAGUCGAUAUCAUGACUUAUAAUAUUGGUAAGGUUGCACUUUUAUAUAUUAUUAUGCCAAAAUUAGUGGUUAAUUAAAAAAAAAAUGAUUUCUAGGGUUGCUUGCUAUUAGGUCAAUGUAAUUUAUUACAUAGACAAAGUUCGUUAAAGCACUAUGGGGUAGACAAGUUAUUUAAAAUGUUAAAAAUAUACAGUAUCCUUGUGGUCUUUGUUAAAUUCUGAGAAAACUGUUUUUGAUCAUCAAAUUCCUGGCAAUUUUUGGAAUUUAAUACAAAUGGCAACCCUAAGUAAGAUAAAUGUAAAUUUUGUGCUAUUCUUUUAACUAGUCGCUUAGUUUAACAUAAUAUUUUGUAGUUAUAUUUAUUAGCCUCGCCGAAUCCUUAUGUGGGUUGCAGAUCCAAAAUUAGACCAAGUUAAUAAAUCAAAAAAAAAUCAAAAAUGUGCAUUGAAUGACAUUCAUAGUUCUUUAAAGAAUAUUACAGAAGAUUGUAGUCUUGUAAAGUCUAAAACCAAUAAUAUUGAACAAGCUUUAAUUACGGAGGAAGGGGGGGGGGGCAAACUACGUUUAAUAAACUGUAAAGUAUAUAUAAUUUUAUUAGCUCUGUGAGCAAAGCUAAAAGAAUUUAGCUUGAUUUUUGGUCUGUAACCUGCUAUAUAGUAACUAAUAAUGUAUGCCAGAGGAUGGUGAAGUCUUCAAAA